UAAAUAUAGGGGUCCUUCGGGUAGCUUUUGCUAACAAAGCAGCCUCCAAAAUGUCGGGAGAGGUAUACCUCCUGUGGCUCCUUUCGCUAUUACAAACGCUGGCAGCGUACGGCGCUGACCUGUCAUCUGAAGCAUGCCGGGAUCUGGGCUUCUCCAGCAACCUGCUGUGCAGCUCCUGUGACCUGCUCGGGGAGUUCAGCCUCACCAAGCUCCAGCCUGACUGCCGUCAUUGCUGCCAGCAGGAGGCCCAGCUAGAGGCACGCAAGCUCUACCCUGGGGCCAUCCUGGAGGUGUGUGGAUGAAAACUGGGGAGGUUCCCUCAAGUCCAAGCUUUUGUCAGGAGCGACAAGCCGAAGAUGUUCAAGGGUCUUCAGAUCAAGUACGUGAGAGGCUCAGAUCCUGUGCUAAAGCUUUUGGACGAUAACGGGAACAUCGCUGAGGAGCUCAGCAUCCUCAAGUGGAACACAGACAGCGUGGAGGAGUUUCUGAGUGAGAAGUUAGACCGUAUAUAGACACAAGAGACCAAGUAUUUGUGUUGUUUUUGUUAGUAGUGAAAGGUUGGUUCAAUCAGAUUACAUCCUCUUUAGUAGAGGCCAGCCAUGCACAUGUUUUCUGUUUUUUUGUGACAAGAUCCAGAGAUCUGUCUCUUAGAUUUCUGUUUAUCUUCAGAUACAUUAGCCUCUGUUUGUGGUGUCUACAGCACAGAAAAGUCAUCAUAAAAGUAUUCAUUCACAGGAACUGUGCCCUUUUAACAGCCGAUUAAUGCUUUUAGGAUGAAUAGAUUUCAAAUAAAUGAAUAUUUUAAAUGAGCACUGAGCAAUAAAGACACUCGCUCUGCAAAUGUUUGCUGUUUAAGGUAAAAUAUUUAUUGUUUCUAAAGGACUGCAGCAAAAGUACAAACACCAUUGUUUCAUUUUGAGGGCAGAAAUCUCAAGUGACAAAUCUGUAAUGUGAGCUUGUUAAACUAAAACGUGUGCAUGGCUAUGGUUUACAAGGUUCUUUUUGGAAAUUUGGUGGAAGCAACUGUUUAGUUGUUUACCAAUUUAUACACAACUCUGCCUUGAUGGAUAGUUGUUUCAUUUCUGCUCUAAUGACUGUUUUAUACAAGAAAAUCAGUUUUUUUUUUUUUUUUGUUAAAUUGACCGAACAUGUCAUGUGAGAGCGUGAAAAGUCACAAUCACAGAGAAUACUGAUUCAAUAGCACAGAUUAAUCAUGACUCAAAGUGGGUCCAUCUGUUUAAUCACUAUUCUGCACAUCCGGACCUGUUUUUCUGUCUGAUAUUCUUGUAAAACAGUUUUUUUUAUAAAGCUCAAAAUGAUGGCUGAUGUGAUAUGUUGUAAGAAUAAGUUGUAGUUUCUCUCCAGAUGUGGGAGUCUGCUGAAGCACACAUUAGUGAAGACAUCACAGUAAACCAGUGCUGGGAUGUGACGUCCGAUGUUUGUUUGCUUGUCUGCACCUUCUGCUCUAAAAAGAAACAGGACUUAUUUAGGAUGCUUGGUUUUUGAGCGAGCGAGGUGACUGUUAAAAUAUGCAACAAUAAACAAAGUCUGAAGGUGA